UCGGCGCACUCAUCUCAGUUUCAUUGACUCCAUGUGAAACUCUGCUCAACUUAAGUUUUCACUGUUUGUUUAAACAUUUAGACUCUUUCAUUUGAUCUCAGUACACGUGUUUCCCUGAUCAAGAAUCCGCAACCCUCGCGCGAAGCUGGUCCACGCAGCAGACUGAGGAGCAACAGGAGGUUUCACGCGCAAGCGAGACCCGCGGGGAAUAAUAAGGUGGAUCUAACGGAGACUUCUUUCACACACUGCGGCUCUUUUGAUUCAGCCUAGCCCGGCACCGGCAGCCUCUGGACCAGUCUGACCCGGGAUAACAGCUGUCUGACCCGGGUUCGCCCUCCAUCAUGCACCUGUCAGCGGCCAGUGUGUCUGCACUGGUCCUGGUCUUCAUUUAUGCCCCGGGUCCUCCUGCUGCAGGAUACAGUCUGGAUCAGGACCAAAGUCUGGAGUUCAAAGGCCCGCCUUCCUCCAUGUUUGGAUACUCAGUCCUGCUGCAUCGUCACAAAGCUGAGAGCUGGUUGGUUGUUGGAGCGCCAGUAGCAAACACAUCCUCCGAUCAUUCAGUAUCUCCAGGAGCUCUUUUCCGAUGCAAAAUCACCGCUGCUGGACCCCACCAAUGCUACCGCAUGCCUGCUGAUGUGCGGAGCUGUGGGAAGACGUGUGAAUCGGAGAGUGAUCACCAGUGGCUGGGAGUCAGUUUGUCUAGACAACCUGGAGAGAACGGAGGACACAUCCUGGCCUGUGCUCACCGCUGGAAGAACGUAUACUACUCAAAGAGAGAUAGUCAGAACAACAAGCUUCCGAAUGGGGUUUGUUAUCAUUAUGGCAGUGACUUGCUAAAUCACCAGCACAUGAUCCCCUGCUACAGAGACCACCAGAGGAAGUUUGGGGAGGAUUACGGAUCAUGUCAGGCGGGUAUUUCCAACUUCCUGACAGAGGAUCUGAUCAUCAUGGGGGCACCAGGGACAUCUUACUGGACGGGGUCAGUUGUGGUCUUUAACACGUCCAGUAGAGAGAUGUCAGUGUACCUCGAUAACAACAACAUUGAAGCCGUCAAAUUUGGAAGCUACCUGGGUUAUUCUGUCGGAGCUGGUCACUUCCUGAGUCCUGAUAGUGUGGAGGUGGUGGGUGGCGCUCCACAAUACAAUCAGAAGGGAAAGGUCUUCAUAUUUGCAGUAGAAGACAACAUGCUACAGAUCGUCUCUCAAGUGUCUGGAAAAGAGCUGGGGUCCUACUUUGGCUCCAGUGUGUGUGUGGUGGAUCUAAACGCUGAUGGUUUGUCAGACCUGUUGGUUGGUGCUCCGACGGCAACAGGCAUCAUCAGAGAAGAAGGGAGAGUCCAUGUGUACAUCAACCAGGGGCAGGCAAAGCUAGAGGAGGAGGACUUUCAGUUGACUGGCAGCAACGCCUACGCUGCCCGGUUUGGAGAGACCAUCGCAGACCUGGGAGACCUGGAUGAUGAUGGUUAUCCUGAUGUGGCGAUUGGCGCUCCUCAUGAAGAUGACCUUAAAGGAGCUGUUUACAUCUAUAAUGGCAGGAAGGAGGGCAUCUCACCAACUCCAUCCCAGAGGAUUACUGGCUCCACCCUGCGCCGUGACCUCAGGAUGUUUGGCCAGUCGCUGAGCUCUAGCAUUGACAUAGAUGAUAACGGUUACCAGGAUGUGGCAGUUGGUGCGUUCCUUUCUGACUCAGCCGUGGUUCUCAGGACCCGUCCAGUGAUUCGGGUGAAUGCCUCUCUGAUCCUGCCGGAGCAGAUUGACCAUCGGGUGGCGCUCUGCCGAGAGAACAAGCAUCCAGCCGUCUGCUUUAACAUUACCAUCUGCUUCAGCGUCCAGUCCAGACAUUUCAAAGGACACAUAGAGCUUCAAUAUAAUCUGAUCUCUGACCUCCUCCAUAAAUCCUCCUUCCCCCAUCGUUUCUAUUUCCAUGGUAACGGAUCAUCAAAUAGCACAAGGGGGCACGUACGAGCACGACAGGGGCAUCUCACUUGUGCAACCCAUGUGGCUUACCAAAGGAAAGAUGUGAGGGACAUUUUUACUCCAGUUCAGUUUGAGCUUUCUUACAGUCUCAGGGAGAAAAACAGCCAGAGAGCCUCUUCCAGAUCCUUCCCUCCAUUAAAACCCAUUCUGCAGCAGAGCACAGGACACCGCAACACCAUCACCAACCAGACUCGGUUUGCUCGUUCCUGCUCCCUGGUGAACUGUUCGACAAACAUGCAGCUGUCGGCUCAUCUAGUGCUCCCACAUCAGCAGGAGUUCUUUGCGCUGGGCUCCGGGCACACCAUCAUGUUGAAAGCCUCACUGCUGAACUCUGGAGAUGACGCCUUCCUGCCGCGACUGACGCUGCGAUUCCCCAACAACAUCCACUACAUUAAAGUGCUGCAGAAUGAGGACAAUGUGGUCAGAUGUGAUAUCACAGAGGAAGUCAAUGCUACAACAGUGGGUGUUGACUGCAGCGUCACCAGCCUCCUGCUUCCAGCUCGCACGCAGCUGAAUAUCAGCUUUCUGUUGGACGUUAACCAGAACAGCACACCUGGCCACAACCUCAUUCAUGUCAACACCAGCAGUGAUAACUAUGAGAUGGAGGAAUAUCUCCACGACAACGCCAUCCGCCUUACCCUUCCUCUCAAAUACGCAGUCAACGUCAACAUCCACGGUUUUGUGACUCCCACCUCUUUUGUGCUCGGAGAUGAAGACUUGAUUCCCACCAACUGCUAUUCAGAAAGCUUCAAUUACACCUACAAGGUGUUAAACUCUGGUCCCAGCAGGUCAGUAGACACUGUGGUGGAAAUUAUGCUGCCGAAGAUCCUCGCACCUUACCGUCACAGGCUGCUGCAAGUGAACGACUGGCAGUCGUCUCAAGGCGCGUGUUCCAUCAGUGACACAACUAUUUCAGUCAUCGAGGACUGCGAAGCCCCUCAACCUUCCUUCAUUGAACAACUCGUCUUCUUCUUUUCGCCCACCUCCACCCGUAGAAUGUUUUGUGGCCGCACUGAUAAGCUGUGUGAGCGGUUGGUGUGUCGCCUCGGUAACCUGGAGGUGGGGAGAGAGGUCACCAUCCAACUCGAAACCAGCCUGAACCCUGCUGUACUACGACAAGCUCCGGGUCGCCAUGGCAUCAUGAUGUUGGAAGGCACAGCAGUGAUGUCAUCGCCCAGACAGGAUAAUCACACCGUCCUCAUCCAGGAUCAACCUGUAGCUCAGGUAUGGGUGGAAGCUGUUUUUACCCAGGAACCCUCAGCAACGGUGAAGAUCUUUAUCAUCGUCAUCAGUUUAGCGGUGGGGCUCACUAUCCUUGCAGCUCUCAUCUGGUGUCUGUGGAAGGCUGGAUUCUUCAAGAGAGAAUUCCACAAUAAGGACGAAAAGUUGAACAGAGACAGCUGGGACUUCGUUCCUCAGCACAGCAAACGAGAAAGCACUAUCUAAACCAUGUGGUUCUACCUGUGACCUCUGGCCCUAAGGCGGAGUUCACAUUAUAUCUAUGAAAUGGUGCUCAUCGGACAUUCAGGACGUGCUCAGAUUCCUCGGUCUUACCGCAGCGCUGUGAACAUCAUCAGUCAGUAAAAUCUGCCUACGCUCCGAGGGUUUGAGUGUAACACGUGAGAGUGAACACCUCCUGAAUCUGUGACCUUUUAAACUACUUUGCUGAUAUGCCUUCACAAAAAGAAAACAGUGAAUCCCAAAGACUGGAAAAAAAGACCACGGCGUUGGAUGGACAGAGGAUUAUUAAAAAGGGAAGCGAACCGGAAGUCAGGCCUUGGGGCUUCCUGGGAUGAAUGACCUUCAUCUUGACUCCUUUAAGAGAAAACAAAGAGUCACUUUCUGGUGAUCUCAGGUGAUUGAAACUUUGCCUCUGACUGACUCAUAGCUCUGGGAAUAUCUGCCUUUUGUCUGUGUAACUUAUUUUCGGAAUUUUGUUCACCUGCUGACCAACACACACACAAAAAGCUGCCUCACUGGCUGUGUCGCAUCAUUUGGCGCCUGUAGCUCACACUGGAUGUUGUCCAGCUGGAGGAAGAAGGUGUCGGCUGCUGGGAUUUGCUGGCAACAGGGGUGGACACCCUUUUCCCCGUUAACCUGUUUUUCCCCACACUGUUUGCUUUGGGUUUGUGUCUCCCCUACUUAAACCAGCAACAUUUUAUAGCACAAUCAACAAUUUUUAACAAUUGAAUUUUUUUGCACAAAGUUAGUUCACUGAGCCAGCAAUGCUGACCGAGACUUGGAGGACAUGGAGGACGUGAUCAUAGCUUAUUAGCUCUGUGUCUGUUUUAUGUAACCUCCUGCUUCUGAGUGCAAACUGCUUCACAAUAAAAGAAACUGUUUUGAGGUAAGAUUUAUAGAAAUGUUUGUUGUCGUAUUGCACAGUAAUUUCACCAUGGUCACUUGUGCCUUACUUGGACAGAGGAUGGAAAAAUCAGCAGAAUGCAAGAAGUCUCUAAUGCAGCGAAACCUCCGCUGUGCUGCCUCCUGGUGUUAUGGUCUCUUAACCUGAUUUCACACUUGUUUACAGUUUCUCUGUUUUCCCUCCUUUGUGAAAGCCAUUCAGGGAUGAAGAAAACAGGAAGCCAUUCUGAUGUGUGGAGGAAAAACAAUGAGAACAAUGUACAACCACGUGAGCACAAGCGGGGGCAGCCUGUGGGUCCUGCAUUUCUCAUCCACAUUUUGGCCUUAUAGACUCAAACAUAAUGCAGCAGUAAGUCAACACAUUUUAUUAAUUAAAUGCAUUAAUGUCACCUAAUUUAAAGUGAACUGCUCCUAAAAGUGUGAAAGUUCAGGAAAGGAUGCAGCAGACAGGAAAAUGAAUUAAGCCAUGGAGGUCUAAUGAUGGACGACUACUUGAAAUCAUAAUUUUUGAAGAAUGAUUGAGGCCGGGGCGCCCAAAAUAAACCUCCAUCUUCUGAACAGAUGCAUCAAACGCUGAGCAAACUGUGUGUUCAUUUUUCUUGUACAGCUCUCAGUCAUACUUCCUGAAUUGGCACUUGGGUUUGUAACUGGGAAUCUUUUGUUUCAGGUAAUAAAAGUAUUGAAAGCAUUGCGUUACCUGUCUACAUUCAGAUGGUUCACUCAGCUGCUGCCCUCCCCUGUUUGUUUAGUACAGAUGCAUCUGACAGAGAUAGAUAGAUUCAACUCAUUGUCAUUGUGUACACAAGGCACACAACGAAACGAUGGAUGUUUGAAUAUUUUGAUGUUCUUAUGUGAAGUUUUUCUGCACUGGAGAGUCUCACUGCUUUUAGCAACACUUUUCUAUUAAAAUAAAGGAUUUUCUAUUUAAACAA